UACAACAAAGCUUUAAAAGCCAUUGUAAGGACAAAACUAUAGCAUUUGCAUUGUUAGAUAUCAAGAGACUUGACUGUCUGUAUAUUUAACUUUUUAAUAUAUUUAACUUGUUGGAUUUAACUGAUUAACUGAUGACUUUUUCUAACUGAUUCCCAUGGACUGAAUUGGAGCUUCUGUUGGCUGACUGACAAGAAGUGAUGUUUGAAGAAGUAUUUUUUUAAAAUAAGGAAGAUAUUUACUCGUACAGUAAACAGACUGUACUCAACAGCAUUUAUGAAGGGGUUAUAAAAUACACAACUGACAUAUCUGGCAAGUGUCUUUAUGACUCUGCCUCAUUGCACCUUCAUUAUAAUCAAUACAGCAAUUUUUGCCCACUUAAGAUAUCUUUAUGGAACCGUGGUUUUGUAUUUGUUGCACUUUCUGCUGCCCUGUUGGCCACGCCUCUCUUGAAAAAGACAUUUUUUAAUGUCAGUAAGGAUACACUAAGGAUAUAUAAAAGUCACAUGUACCUUGUGACAACAAUGUUCUUUCUGGCUCAAAAUGACUUGAUAUCAUUCGUGACAGAUAUGUUUGACAGAUUAUAGCCCAGCAAGCCUUGUACAAGAGUUUAGUUGUGUUGUGCUAAAAAUAACUGCCCCUAAUUAAACUGUAGUAAAUGCUUUUAUUGGCCUACAAUCUGUGACAGAUGCUUACAAAACAUGUGAGUUUUAAAACACUUUUUAUAUACAACCCGUUAAUAAAUCCUUUUGAAUACAGUUUAUUUAACAGUGUGUGCGCAGAAAUUAAACAUGAGAAAACAAACAAACAAACAAAAACCCACAGAGAAAAAUCGGAAAUCCCUUUUUGGCACCCCUAGUACGCAUGGUUUACAUGAUGCUAAAGUUAGGGUUCAUGUACUCAUGUAACCACAUACAUGAUACAUCUAUAACAAUGUGACCACUGUUUCACCUUUUUCUUGACAAAUAACUUUGGAAGUUUUAAAAAAACAUAUCAGGCUUACAUGACUUUAUAUCUUACUUAACUUAUUUUGAAACCACAUAGCAAUUUCCGGAAAUUUAGCUCUUUGCACACACGCACACGCACGCAGGGUCGCUGAAAGUUUGAGCCCUUGCACCGCCUUGUUAUUUUAAGCUCGCUAACAUUUCAUUAAUGAUUCACUCGGUGGAGUCCUGCCCACGUCCCCUCAUGACGUGUGAAAAGCAGACACGCUGACCUGAGAUCAGCCUCGACCUGCCACUGUGGCUGCGCUCUGUUUGGAGUCCUGUCAGUGUGAAGAGCGCAGAGCACGGAUCACCUCAUCCUUCACACAGCAUCCUCUUCAGUACAAACCAGAACUACCAGCUCCUCUUGAUCCUCAGGCUGUCGUCACAUGAGCAGGUCUGUCAAACACUGAUGGGAGUGGAGUAUAGUAACCAUGGCACACUGUAAUCUGCGGUCACCACCUUCCUCUCCUCAAGAUGAUGUUAACCUGGGACCUUCAGCAAACCCAAAUGCCAGGCCCACUGACUUUGACUUCUUGGCUGUAAUUGGCAAAGGGACCUUUGGAAAGGUCCUGCUUGCCAAGCAUAAAGCCGACAGCAAAUUCUACGCUGUCAAAGUCCUGCAGAAGAAGAUCAUCCUGAAGAAAAAAGAGCAAAAGAACAUCAUGGCAGAGAGAAACGUGCUGCUGAAGAGCCUCAAACACCCGUUUCUGGUUCGGCUUCACUACUCGUUUCAGACUGUAGAGAAGCUCUACUUUGUCCUGGACUACGUAAACGGCGGAGAGUUGUUCUUCCACUUGCAGAGAGAGCGGUGUUUCUCAGAGCCCAGGGCGAGAUUCUACACGGCUGAGGUAGCAAGCGCCAUCGGCUACCUUCACUCUCUCAACAUUGUUUACAGAGAUCUGAAGCCAGAAAAUAUACUUUUAGACUCUCAGGGCCAUGUGGUGCUGACAGAUUUUGGGCUGUGCAAGGAGGGCGUAGAGCCGGAGGCAACCACCUCGACUUUCUGUGGCACUCCAGAAUAUUUGGCGCCAGAGAUUCUUCGCAAGGAGCCGUAUGACAGGACGGUGGACUGGUGGUGUCUGGGAGCUGUGCUCUAUGAGAUGCUCUUCAGCCUGCCUCCUUUCUACAGCCGUGAUAUCGGUGAAAUGUACGAUGGGAUCCUUCACAAGCCGCUGAUGCUGCCUGCGGGAAAGUCUGAGGCCGCCUGCUCUCUGCUGAUGGGUCUUCUCCAGAAAGACCAGCACAGACGCCUGGGAGCCAUCGCAGACUUUUUAGAAAUAAAGAACCACACCUUUUUCACUCCGAUCAACUGGGACGACCUUUACCACAAGAGAAUCACUCCUCCUUACAACCCUAACGUGAGGGGCCCAGCUGACACUCAACAUAUUGAUCCUGAGUUCACCAGAGAAAUGGUUCCUAACUCAGUGAGUCAGACCCCAGAGUUCAAUCCCAGCACCAGCUCCAGCAACGCCUUUAACGGAUUCUCCUUUGUCGGCACCGAGGACAGCUUUCUGUGACAUCCGGACAGAUGAAUCGCAGCUAAUCGCAGAAAUCCUGUUCAAUAUUUUUAAAAUUUUUCUCACAAAGAUAAGUAACGCAGCAGGAAUCCCACAUGACAUCGGUCAUGUUUGACUGCUGCAGUGAAGCGAGUAUGUAGCAGAAAGGGCAAGUCUGCAAUGGAGACACUGUUCGAAAUAAGUUCGAGUUCGAAAUAUGUAAAACUUCUUGCCUGGGGGGUCCCGUGCUUAGGAUAUACACAAACAAGUUAUGCAGUUGGAGUGUCCUUAAAAUGUAGCGUGAAGAGCCUUUAUUUCAUUUGUUUGUAGAGAAAUGAAGAACACAUGAGGCUGGAUAAACACAAAACUUCUUUUUCUUUGUAUUUUUUUAAGGCUUUAGCAUGUUGUACCUGCACAAAACACCAUCUUUGUGUGGCUAUAUCAAGACUUAGCGUUGUUGCUCACUGAUCCUAUUUUUAUAGAAAGUAGAUCCUGAUGAACAUGUUUUUUUUAAUAUAACAACAGAUAAUAAUCAUGGAGUCCAGCACUGAGUUAAAACAGGGAAUAAUACAAAAAGAAAGAAAAAAGACUACAAGAAGAAAUUCAUAUAUUUUUAAAAAAACAUUUCUUACUCUUAACAGGGUAGAUAGUAACAAUUCUAGUGGAGUGUUUUGCUUUUUAACAUCAGUUAUCAGUGCACACUUGGCAUGUUUUCUUCAUUUGUUUUUAUCUUUUUGUCAUACGGUGCUGCUGAUGAUUCUAUGCAGCAUGUUUCUCCUUAAAGACCAAAAAAAGGAUAAAAAAAUCUUUGACCAAAGGUGAAAAAAAUGCUGAAAAGUAAUACCAGCCGUGCUUCUCGCAGUGAUAAAACGGUGAAGGUGGCAUGGCUGGGUGCGAAACACUGGCUACUAGUUAUUGCAGCAGUGAUCAUAGCUGUAAAUGUACUAAAUGUUCACACUGAUUUGCUAAUGAUGCACUGAUGCAGUACCUUUGAUUAACUUCAGUCAGUCAGCUAUGGCUCAGUGUGCACAUUAUAGCUCUUUAUUAUGAGGAAUAUACAGUAGUUAUGAUCAAAGUAUUCAUUUAUUUUUUUUGUCUGUAGAUAGUAGUUUAGCUUCACUGGUUUAUAUAACAGGUUAAAAAAGUUGCCAUGUCGUUGUGGAAAUACGGUAUCGAGUACUGUAAAUAUACGGUAGCAGCUUUGCAGCAGGAUUAUUACAGUACUACUGUGAUUAUAUCAGUGUAAACUGUGAAGUGCCUCUCUGACUUGGCUGUGAAGUUGGUGAUGGCAGUUGUAGGUGAUACAGUUAAAAAUGUACAGUCAAUAAAAUGUCCUUCUGUUUUUAUAAUUCUAUCCAUAUACGCCUGAAGUCUUGUUUGUGUAUGUAUUCUGGUUUCUGAACGUAGCACGCUGAUAUUUACCUCCUUAAAAACUUGUUAAUCUUGUUCAACAUUUCAUCUUAACAAAUGGUGUAUCAGAUGCUUUACUGUGAAACCAAAUACACUCAUGUACCCGCAUGA